CAUCCCUCCUCCUUUCCUCCUCUCCUGCUGCGUUCCCUCCUUCCGUGGGCGUUGAGGCGGAGCGUGUGUCGGGCCCUCCAUGCGGUGGAUGAUGGAGGCUCAGUCCGGCAGCGGCCAUUGAAGGGCACACAGCUGCGUCGUCGUCGCCUUUGGCCAAAGGAGGGGGAAGGCCUCUGGGCAAAGGAGCUUUCUUCUGCCCAUCCUUUCCAAGGCGAAAAGGGGGAGAGGGAGAGGGGGCAGUCCGCCUCUUUCCCCCUUCCUUCCUUCUUUCCUUCCUUCCCUUCCCCUCCUCCUCCUUCUCGUUCUUUUCCGCGCUCCCUUCUUCUUCUUCUUCUUUGGAGGCGAUGGAGAUGAAGAAGCGCAUCCACCUGGAGCUCAGGAACCGGGCGCCGGAGAAGGUCACGGAGCUGGUCCUGGACAACUGUCGCUCCAGCAACGGCGAAAUCGAAGGCCUGAAUGACACCUUUAAAGAGCUAGAGUUCCUCAGCAUGGCCAACGUCGAGUUGACAUCGCUGGCCAAGCUCCCGGCUUUGAAUAAACUUCGGAAGCUGGAGCUGAGCGAUAACCUAAUUUCCGGAGGCCUGGAGGUCCUGGCGGAGAGGUGUCCAAAUCUUACGUACCUAAACCUGAGCGGCAACAAAAUCAAGGACCUCAGCACUGUGGAGUCCCUUCAAAACCUUAAGAAUUUGAAGAGUCUGGAUUUGUUCAACUGCGAAAUCACAAAACCAAAAGAUUACAGAGAAAGCGUGUUUGAGUUGCUUCAGCAAAUAACGUACCUAGACGGGUUUGAUCAAGACGACAAUGAGGCCCCCGACUCAGAAGACGAAGAGGAUGAAGAUGGAGACGAAGACGAAGACGAGGAAGAUGAGGACAAAGCCGGGCCCCCGGGAGAAUAUGAAGAGAACGACGAGGAAGACGACGAUGCUUCAGACUUGGCGGAAGGGGAAGGCGAAGAGGAAGAGGAGGAGGAAGAAGUCGGACUCUCCUAUUUGAUGAAAGAGGAGAUCCAGGACGAAGAAGACGAUGAUGAUUAUGUAGAGGAGAGAGAGAACGAAGAAGAGGAAGCCGGAGGUGUCCGAGGGGAGAAGAGAAAACGUGCCGCUGAAGACGAAGGUGACGAGGAUGAUGAUUAAGUCGUAGCAAAGAGAACUAGGACCAGAUUUCAGAUUUGUUGCAAGAUAUGCAAUAGUGAUAUGCAGCCUUGUAUGUCUCCAUGUAUCAUAGGUUUCCCUACAGAAGACAUUAAUGUGUUAACUUUUUAUAGGAAGUGUGUUUUUACUCUUUCUUUGCCCUUUUUAUCAUUCCAACUAAGCAGUGAUCGCCCAUUAUCGAUAUCAUGCGCAGGUAAACACUGUUUCCAUCUCUUGUAAUCAUUGAACCAGUUGUCUCCUCACCUUCUUUCCUGGGGCCCAAGAUUUGAUUUCUUUUUCUUCCUGCUAGAUUUUCAAGUGAGCAUGCUCUUGGGCCUAGCCGCAGUUAGGCAAGAGAGACCCUAAGAAGUUUAAUUUAAACGCUCUACAAGACAGCACACUAAAAGUCAGAUACAUCGCAGUGGGAUAACAUUUUAUCAUUUCAAAAGGAUGUCUGAAGAAGGCACACAUGAGUCGCGUCCUGAAUUUCCUGUUUUGCACCCAGAGUCUCAUACUUGCGCUCAUAAUGCCACAUCUCUAGGGAACAUUGAUGCAGACCUUUAACGAACGCAUUGGGUCAGCUCUUUAUCUGAGUCUCGCUUUUUAUUCCUAAACAUUUAAAAGACAGAAAUGCCCCCUUAAAUAAAAGGCAACUGAGACAUACUUAAGUUCCUUGAUGUUCAUCCUACGCUGUUCCCUUCCUGACCAUAAUAUCCCUCAGGAAUUGUCAGAUAUUUGAGGAUUCUACCUCCUCCUUUAAUUUUCAGAACAUGAAAUGUUUUAACUUUCAUCGAGAAGACUCCUUAAUCAUGUUAAACACUAGGAAAUGAGCUUUUCCUUCGAUAUCGUUUUUCUAAAGCAAGAGUUGGCAGGUAAGUUAGACAGCGUUGGGUUUCUGACUGUUUCCGAUCCAGGUUUGGAAGCAGAUUUGGAGGGGCUCAAAGUUAUCUCUAGUCACACAAAACACAAAAAGGCUAUGGAAAGUUGGUGGGCCAACUGGCAGUUUUCAGUUGGCAAUUCUGAUUGAAUACAGAGGUCACCGGUUCUUUCCUUCAAAGUGUGGCUCUUUGCUGGAGGGCUAUUCAAACAACACUGUUUAGUGGGAUUUCUCGGUAAGUUUCAGGAACAUGUUCACGCAUCCCAGGAAUCAGGAGAAACUGACCAGUGAUGAUCAGACUUUGGUUCUCUGGCUGUUUUGGACUCCAACUCCCAUGUGCCCCAGCCAGCUUGGUGAACAGUCAGGAAUUCUGGGAGCUGAAGUCCAAAAUAUGGAGAACCAAACCAUUGGUGGUGACAAACUGGUUGCCAUUCAUCUUACUUUCCGUUAGGCAGGUUGCUUUCAAAAAGAAAAACCAAUGGAGACGCAGAGCUCUUUUCGGUCCUGGCUUAGGGCAGACGGGCUUGUAUUGUUAAAUAAGUAUUUUACCCAAAUAAUACACAGGUGUAUUCAAGAGAAGCUAUUUUUUUAUUACCUGUCCUGCCUGGGAGACGCUUGUCACUAAUUUGGGGUAAAAAUAAUAAUAAAAGGGGUAUUUUUGCAUAGAGGGAGUUGGCCUGCGAAUAUGAAUAAUCCAUUACUCGCAUUGGUAACUCUUGGUGUGUGACGUCAGGCUCCUAAUUUAGUUUUGACGGCGGCGCCACAUUUGAGAAGGAUCGGCCAAAAUCUGGUACGGUUCCCCCGUGGAUUUUCAUUCCUAGCGCAGCGCAACUGACGCAAAGGCGCUUGGAGCAGAGGGGAACGUUAAAAAGAGAGGCAAUUUAGUAGAAAUUGUGGGUAUUUUUUGGAUCAUUUUAACCUAAAAGGAUUUGGUAAAGGCUUUAUCCCAAUACUGUUCCUACCUUUGUGUAUGGAUGAUGAUUUUUUAAACUUUGUAAAAAGUUCUAGAGGUUCUGUGUUCAAAGCCGUUUGUGUCAGGUUUCUUGUGAUGGUGUUUUUUCACCCUUUAUACUUUGAUGUUCACUUUUAUAUAGUUUUAGAUAAUUAAGGGAACCUUUCCUUUACAAAGAAAAGUAUUCAAAAUGUGAUCAUAAAUGGGACUGUGCCCACAAGCCCUAUUCUUGCUUGGAUGCUUGCCAUGUGGUUGUGCAGUUGUGUUAACACUUCGGUAAAAGAGGAUUAAUUUUUCUUACCUAAAGGAAUGUUUUCCUUUUCGUCUGAUCCCUCUGAUGAAAUUUGCAAGUGAGGUAUCUUUGUGCGUGACCGACGUUUUUUUAAUGCUGAUGGAUUGAAGUGAUGACAGUUCAAUGAAUUUGCAUUCGGGCCACUUUGAAUGGCUGGAAAACAUGAGUAAAAACCAAUUGAACCCAAGCUUAUCUAUCCCAUAGCAAAUAUAUUUAAACAGCUAAGAUCUCUUGUAUAUCCUACAACAACCAGCUAAAUACAUUGCCACAGUUUGGAGUUUUUGUGAAAUCAUAAAUGUUGCUUUUUGUUUGCUUUCUUUAUUUCUAAGACGACAAAAAAAGAGCAUUAACACAGAGCCUCUGGGUGACUUUUUAACAUUUGGUGGGGUUGGUUUUCCUUCUUGUCUUUUUUGGCUUGGUGGGUUCUUUAAUAAUAAUAAAAAAUAAUAAUAUGUAAGGGUGGGUUUUAUAUUUUGUAGAGAUCUUUUUGUCCUAUUUGAAUGCUCUUUAUAUGGCGGUAUGUAUAUAUAUAGUGUGUUCGAUUCCUUUUCAAAUUCUAAAAAGGAAAAAAAAGAUACGGACUCGGAAGAACUGUUUUUUUUUUCCCUUCGAUGCAACUGUGUUUUGAAAUAAAAGCCAUGACAGUGUUAAAUAAAUAACCGAUUCCUACAGCACACUUCUGAUGGGUUUUAGUUGUUAACAGAAUGUGAGUGUUUUUUCUUCCCCCUUGUGUGGUGUAAAUUUUAAAUUAAAGAUUUUCAAUCCAAAAAAAA